UGGCUUUUAGCUCUUGGCGAGGGCAACAACUGGCCUCUCAACCAUUUCUUUCAUACACUGUCCUAUUUAGCCCGGGAAAAUCAAAGUUCCAGAGACUGGUAAUUUGGCAAUUAGAUUUACAUGUUAAAUUCUCAAUAAUCCACACAAUAAAUUCACUGCCAAUUGAUAAAGAUAAACUGCCCACUUAGACAAGAUAAAAUCGAUCUAGUUCACCUAAAUCUGGACCAUCCUCCUCCAUAGUCUCUAUCUUGAUCUCUCUCACUUUUCCUCCUCCUCUCUCCUUCCUAGACUGCUCCCCCCCACCUACCUUUCCUUCUCAUCCAAUAAUAGGCUUCACUUUAUCCUGGACCUAUCUUGCUGCAUAAUGAUUUCAUCCUACAGGUUAUUGUUUUCAUUUAGACAUAAGGAUACAUGAUUAUGUGUCAUAUUGACAAGGAAUGGAUUCUAAUGGCUAUCCUCACUUGUCAACUCUAUGAAUGAACUAUAAUCCAGAAAUGGAGGGCUUACCUGUGAUCUAAAUCUUGAGGCUAGAAGGCAGUCUAGGAGUGUCAAGAUUAAGCAGUAAAGGAAAUUACUGAAAUCAGAAAACUGGUGAAGCUGUGUUCCUUCUGGCAGCCAGACUUGGUAAUGUGUAAUAAUCAUUCAGGUGGUACUGCUUAUGAAUGGAUGAAGGAAUCCUAGGGAAUAACUGAGGUUUGGUUCUGUGAGAGGAAAGGCCACUGGUGAAGGUGCAGCCUAUUGUGAGUUGAAGGUCCAGAACUGAAGGGGUCGUACAAAAGAGUUAAAGCUGGGCACCAUGAAGAGAGCCUAUGAGAGGCUAUUGGUGAAACCACAGCCUAGGUGCAGUGCAAGACCCCAGUGUAUUGAAAAUGCCAGAGUAAUGAUGGAGUUUGGCUACACUGCUUUGUGCUCCUGGAAGAUUGUAAGACGGUACCUGCCCAGGAGCUAUCUUUGCAUUGUCUAAUGAAAGACACACACACACACACACACACACACACACACACACACACACACACACACACACACAGAGAGAGAGAGAGAGAGAGAGAGAGAGAAAGCCCAUUGUCCCUCUGACAGGUAUAGCUUCCCUUCUCCAGCAUCUUAAAACUCCCUGAGUGAAACUUAAAAUUAACCAGAUAGAUUGCCAAGAGAGUGUGUUUAGUGAAUAUUUGCUGGCUUGAUGGAAGGUAUCAUAAUGUGGGGCCAGAGGGAACCAUGACUAAAAAGUGACCUUCAUCAAAUUAGCCUUUAGAUGAGUUUGUGAAGUGGUUCAAAGAUUAAUGAUUAUUUGCAAAGGCCUCAGACCACCAAAGGACUUUACAUCACUGGGAAAGUGAACCUUGCUUAUUUAACAGGAAACUGAGAUAGGUCCUGAAGAGCAGGAGGAAGGGGUUGAGACUAAAAGAGGUCUGAGUGCUCUAUCAGAAUAAGAAAGAAGCCAAAGGGUUUCAAAGUAGAAGGAACAUGUUUUUAUUUUCCCAAGUAGAUAAUUUCCAGUAUACUUUUAUUGUAAAAGAAAACAGCCUGAUUACAACAGAAUGUGUCUCUUAUUUGGGGACAUUUGUCAAUCAACAAAUCUGAGGUAGAUGUUCUGUUUUCGAAGCUUUAUCAUGUUUUUAUUUUUAUUUUUUGUUUUGUUUUUUGACCUAGAAUGCUCACAGAAUCCCAUAUGCAUGAACAUCCAUGUAAUUUUUUUCCCCUUGGGAGUACCCCUUGGGGGACAUCAGCAUUCAAAGCACACGCAGAUGAGUUUAAAACAAGAUAAGAGUAUAUAUAUAUAUAAAACCACAGAUGUUUGAGGAUAGACAAAAGAUGCAUAUUCAGUAAAGCAAGGAGAAAACUUUCCCAUAUACACCAACAGAUAUUAUAAUCAUUAUUUCUAUGUGGAGGAAUAAGGGAAGUAUGUGGAUGUAGUAUAAAAUGAUAUAGUGAAGUUCACCGAUCGCCCUUCUAUGAAGUCACUGUUUGUUUUAGAAUUUGUUGACUCAGUUCAGCAUGCCUUCCAAGAAGGUAUGACACUAUCUGCCCAUCUCACGUGUCUUUCUGUGUGGGAUGCAGUAAUGACAGGACCUGUAAUGUAUCUUGGGAAGUGGUACAGGCUCAAGGUGUUAGACAUGGGGGUUCUUGAGAACUUCACUAGGAAGGGUUUUAUUUCAGUGGAUUUUUGGUUAUUACUGAUGUAAAUAUCUUUAAAAAUGGCAGUUGGCAAGUGUGUAACCAUUUGCACACACACACACACACACACACACACACACACACACACACACACACACACAUAUAUAUAUAUAUAUAUAUAUAUAUAUAUAUAUAUAUGUAUGUAUAUAAAAAACUAUUCCUUCCAAACAUCCUCAUUUUUCUAAGUGUGAAAACUGGGUUUUACUCCUAUUUUGUAUUGUUCCUGUUCCAAACAGAAUUUCUCUCUGUAGCACUGACAUUCAGUGUAAAUUUUUUAAUUGUACAUUGUACUUUAUUUUAAUAGCAGCUUGUGUGUGUGUGUGUGUGUGUGUGUGUGUAUGAGUGUGGGGGGGGAGUCUGACCGUCUUGUCUGUGUGUCUGUCUGGGUAUGUAGGCCAUAAACUUAAAACUGUAAACAUGGUCUAAACAAACAUAUUAGGCUUGAGAAUCUGACUAAACCUUUCCAUAAGUAUCCCUGGGUCAUUAAUAUUCUGCUGAAUGAGGCUCCUCUUUGAACCACCAUGUUCAGGUUGUGAUUACACAUCAUAAUUCCUCCCUCCGUUGAAUCACACAGUCACAAAAAGAAAGAAAUGCGAGAUUGCAGUAACGUUGGAAAUGAAUGCUGCAUCCUCAAGGAUUAGCACCUCUUACAUGAAUGACUACCCUCUUAGGUAGGUGUACACAAACAGACACGAACACACAUGUACAUAAUACACACAAGUAGUACAAUGAAUUUAAGCUUAUUUCUGACUGGCUUACAAAUAAACACAACUCAGACUAGGAUUAUUUCACUUAGCUUUAACAAUUACUGGGCAGCAACUCCCUCAUCUACUCUUCUAACUGCUGUCCUGGCUAUCUUCCCAAAGGUGUACCCCAGAUACUUGUUUCUCCUGGCCAUCUCCCCUUAUGUCAGCUUCGUCCUCUUUCCCUGUUCCUCCUCCUUUUCCUGGUCUGUCUUCUCUCUCUCCUCCACCCUCUACCAGGUAACUCAAAACCCACCUACCUCUAAUCCCUCCAGUAAUGGGCUGUAGCCAAUUUGAUUUACCCAAUAGUUUUAAAUCAAGGAUGAAGGUUUGCACACAGAAUCUUGUAAACGUGAGAAGUCAGUGGUAGGUCUAGACCUUUGGUUAAAGAAUUUAGCAUUACAAUACAUAGCAACAGACCAAAGCUCAACACAUACACAUACCGGAAAACUAGCUAUGCUCAGAAAUGCUAAGUCCUUGUGGUUGAUGACAGUGCCCUCCACUGCCACAUUUAGGAGGAAAGACCAGUCAUGUCAUUUGUCAAUCAAGUACAGGUACAUGCUCAUUGAUUGUAGUUUCUCUCAAUUGAGGAAGCUAUUCUGUUUCUCUGGAUAAACACAUUCCCUGGAAAAGAGGAAUUCAGUAGGGACUGCACAGUCUCUGCUCUGAAGGAGCUCCCUUUUGAAUCAUUAGGAAUCAUGAAGCAUGAAGUCUUUUCUGUAAUGGUGUCUGUUGUCACAUGAAAUAUAAAAAAACAAGGCAGCCACUCACACUGGCACCAGCUAUGCUCUAGUACUGUGGUUUCCCCCUACCAGGGUCUCCAUGUAGCUGCCACCCAACCCGCUAUUCUCUUGUGGAGGAUCAUGCUCCAUUCCCAGCCAUCUGCCCACUGUGGUUAGCUGUCGUAAAUCCCCAUAACCUGAAAAAAAAUCAAAAUUCUAGAGGCUCAUAAUUUAUGAGUUAGAUUUAUAUCAGUACAUCCUCAACCCACAAAAUGCCUGCACAAUGAACUUAAAAUCUAAUUGAUAUAAACACAAUCCACACACCUAGAUGGGGCAAAUGAACACACCCUACAUAUAUUUAUGUAAGAAAUCCCUGAUACUUGUGGCUCCCAGGACUGUGUGGUUCUGGCUCCUCUUUCUCUCUUAUAGUUAAGUCUUGUCUACUCUCCUCCAUCUUCCCCUCUGUCUCUCUGUCCUUAUCUCUAAAAUUCUCAGCCCCCCUUCUUUUUCCACUGCCCAAUCACAGGCUGUAGCCUUAUCUUUCACCUGUCUACACCCGCACACAGAUAGCAAUCUACAGUUUGUAACUUCGACUCAGGCAUGAACUACACAAGAAUAAACCUUUCCAAGAAGAGAUGGGAAUUCUCAAUACUCCAUGUUUCCAUUGUGACUUCUUUAAUGCAGUGAGCUCAUUGACAAUAAUAUGAACAUAUUUCUGAUAACUUUGUAUUCAAAGAGAAAACAUCUCAGUGUUUUGUUUAGGAGAAGUGAGGGAAGUUCACGACAGAUAUCACUGAUGUUCAAAUAUUGCCAAUUAUGACCGAUGACAGGAUUAGUCCGGAGAGACAGGCAAAUUAAUAAGGAAUAGCAAACCUAAGGCAGAGGGAAAUCCUAUAGUGCACAAUGGAUCAAGAGUCAGUACAUACACCACUGUGAUCCCAGGAGGUCUGCCCCUCCCCUGGGAGACAUUACACAAGAGGAAAGUCUGUGCUCAGAAAACACCUGGUGGUGACCAGCUCCGAUUUCCAAUUCUUCUGUGUUAAGCAACUGGGAUGGUUUCAAUAGAAUCAUAAAGAGAUAAUGCUCACUCCUACGUUAACUUCCUGCUUUCAUUUUUUUUAAGUAAAGCAGAUCAUGAAAGCAUGAAUUCUCCAUUCGUGAAUAUGAGAGAUAGAGUUUUAAACUAGCUCAAAACUCAGCAACAGGAUCUGUCUCAGGAAGACAGAUAGUUAAAAAUGCAGGAGGACUGGUGCUGACUCACUGACCCUCCGGAUGUCACUGGACGUUAAUAAAUGAGUAACGGGUUCUUUUCUGCCCCUGUGAUGUUUGUUCAAGCCCCCAUUGUGUUCUACAGAUAAUGUUCCAGCCAUUAUGUCCUGCAGAUAGUAUUCCAGGAAACCGGGCCAAAGCCUAACCAGAUGUGUAUCAGAUGCAGAUGCUUUGUCAACUCUGACAAACAUUUACGCUAAAGGACAGGAAUCAAGAUCUGUUCUCAGGAGAAUGAGGGCUUGACCUUUCCCCUGGUUUAAACCCUAGAGUCUUAAGAACAAUCCUGUGACUUUGAGAGUUUCCCCUUGUGACAUUUUUGGUAUUUCCUUUUGACGUCCUCUCAUCUCCUGGGGCUUGUGACUUCUUCCUUUAAAUAGCCCUUCUCCCAGCCACUCAGGGUCCAACUUCUGUGCCCCUGCGUGGGAUACGAGUCUCAACCCCAGUGCACUUGUUAUCGAUAAACCUCAUGUGAUUGCAGCAAGGACGGUCUUGUGUGAGUUCUUGGGGGGGUCAUGUCAUCCCGAGACUUGAGUGAGGGUCUCCCCGCUCCAGGGGUCUUUCAAAUAAGAUUCUAUUAGUAGAUCUGAGCUUUCAAAUCACAACAUAUUAGCAGAGAUAACGUGGAAACAUUAUCUGUGAAAGGUUCCACUCACAGGCUAACAUAGCAUGCUGUGACCAUGGACUUUGAAAGAGCCCAUGUUUCCUGCAUGCCCAUGUGCACCUGCUCACAGUUGGGCUGUAAUCCAGGUAGUGCACAAAACCUCUUCUGUGGGUUCCCGGAAGUCCUUCCAAGUGACUUGUGGGAAAUGUAGUCUCAACCAACGUGACGACAUCAACAAGGGCAGUCAGCAUCAAACUUCCCUAUUCAAACAUCGCUUCUCAAAUUUGUGCGAUUGUCCUUUUAAACACUGCGUUUGGAUCUCUGAUAUGGAGGAUAUGUUGUCAUUCUGGGAUGUGGCUAUAUAUUUCUCUGGAGAGGAGUGGGAAUACCUGGGUCCUGCUCAGUGGAAUUUAUACAGGGACGUGACAUUGGAGAAUUACAACAACCUUGUGUUUCUGGGUCUUGCUUCCUCUAAGCCAUACCUGGUCACACUUCUGGAGCAAAGACAAGAGCUUUCAGAUGUAAAGAGACAAGUGGCCAAUUCUAAAUACUCAGGCACCGACUGGCUAUUCUCAUCUUCUCAGACUCUCUGGCCCGGAGCUCCCGAAUCUCUCUACACAGCUUGCUACGAUCCCAUGGUUGCUACAUAUGAGCCAUGAGGCCUAGGUCCAGCCCAUGUAUGUUCUUUGAUUGGUGGUUCAGACUCAGAACCCCAAGGAUCCAGCAGGGGGAAAAUACUAUAUCUGCAAAGAAUAUGGCAAAGUUUUUGAGGGGAAAAAAGUAUUUCGAAAUCACCAGAUAAUUCAUUUAGGAAUGAAGCCCAACAAGUAUGAAGAAUGUGGCAAGUCCGUCCGUUUUUCA